AAAAAAAAAGACAAAAGUGUUUUUUUGCGUUUGAUUCUCACUUGGAAAACAGCUAUAAUAACGAGGCACGUUGUUAUAUUUAUUUUAACUUAAGUUUUUCAAAUUUCCAAAACCAAUGGCGACGCUGCAGAGAUUCAAGUUCCUAGCAACGCAGUGUGGAGUGGCACCGAGCCCGACACGAAGUCCAAGCCCAAGGACAAGUCCGUUGGUUCAGUUUCGUCGCAAGAAGACAACCUUAAAGAUGCUUUUGAGUCUUAUACCACCGAGCCGCAGAGAGCAGCCGCUCAUUCAUCAGCAGGGCCGCUCCUUGGCUGCUGACAAGGACGUAGCUGGACGCAAACUGCGAGACUUAUUCGUGACUUCGUCUCCUGUAGAGGAGAAAGAGACAAGGAAGGGGAAGACAAAAGAAGAAGUUCUUGCAGCUAUGGAAGCUAAACUGAGAGCAGGUGCUAGUUCACAGGCACCGGUUUGGUUUGGAUUCAGCAAGCGGCUUCUCCAGCGAGCUUGGCGUCCUAAGCUUGGUACCAUUCCUGAGUAACGUAUAAACUAGUUUCUAGUCUUUUCUUAUGUGGCACUCAAAGCCAAUUUGGAAACCAUUUGUUUCCUCUAUGAACAAAAAUAUAAUUAUGCUUUUUUAAAAUCUCAUGUCUUGGC